AUGUCUAGCAUUCUCUUGGCAAUAUUGGACCCCAUUGAUUCUUUACUUCUUGCACCAGGCACCCUUAGCCGAGCCAACAAGAGAUGGCACUCCGCUUUUGUGACCAUAUAUUGUUCUAGAGCCCUACUAUCUUUAUUCAACAAUUCUCUACCUCAUAAGAAAAAAAUUGAGGUUUCGCGCAGUCCUUUCUUUACUGUGGAUUUCAAACCGGACUAUGGUUUCAAAAUUGAUCAAGCAAUUCUCACUAAGCUUGUGAAAGACAAAGAUGUUGACAAUCUCCAAGACAUUGGAGGAGUUCUAAGAGUAGCAUCUAGUCUUGAAACCAAUGUUGAAUUUGGGAUUCCUGCUGAUCUUGUAGACAUUGAUCACCGUCACGAGGCUUUUGGCCAAAACACCUAUGAAAGACCUCCUACAAAGAGUUUCUUCAAUUUCAUAGUGGAAGCCUUCAAGGAUCUUACCAUUUUCAUCCUUUUAGGAUGUGCUGCAUUAUCUCUUGCAUUCGGCAUAAAAGAGCAUGGAAUAAAAGAAGGAUGGUACGAUGGCGGAAGCAUAUUUGUUGCUAUAUUUCUUGUCAUUGUUGUUUCUUCUACAAGUAACUUUAGGCAAAAUAGACAAUUUGACAAGUUAUCCGAAGUCAGCAACAACAUCCAAGUUGAUGUUGUAAGAGCUGGGAGACGUCAACAGAUAUCGGUAUUUGAAAUUGUUGUUGGAGAUGUCGUUUGCUUAAAGAUCGGAGAUCAAGUACCGGCAGAUGGGCUAUUCUUAGACGGGCACUCAUUGCAAGUGGACGAAUCCAGCAUGACAGGGGAGAGUGACCCCGUAGAAGUAGAUUGCAGUCAUCCAUUUUUUAUUUCCGGUACAAAGGUUGUCGAUGGAUAUGCUCGAAUGCUUGUCACUUCGGUUGGUAUGAACACAACAUGGGGCGAGAUGAUGAGCUCAAUCAACCGAGACACCAACGAAUAGACACCUUUACAAGCUCGCCUCAACAAACUAACUUCAACAAUAGGCAAGGUUGGUUUGGCAGUUGCAUUUCUAGUUCUCCUAGUCUUGUUGGUUCGCUACUUCACAGGAAAUACAAAAGAUGAGAAAGGAAAUAGGGAGUUCAAUGGUAGCAAGACCAAGGUUGAUGAUAUAGUGAACACUGUAGUAAAGAUAGUAGCUGCUGCAAUUACUAUAGUCGUGGUUGCAAUUCCAGAAGGAUUGCCCCUGGCUGUCACUCUUACACUUGCUUAUUCCAUGAAGAGAAUGAUGGCGGAUCAAGCAAUGGUUCGGAAGCUUUCUGCCUGUGAGACCAUGGGUUCUGCCACCACCAUUUGUACUGACAAAACAGGCACUCUCACACUAAACCAAAUGAAGGUUACAAAGUUUUGGCUUGGGAAAGAAUCUUUUUUGGCAAAUGCUUACUCGUCAAUUGCUCCAUAUAUUCUUGAAUUGUUCCAUGAAGGAGUUGCUCUGAACACAACUGGUAGUGUUUUCAAGCCUAAUUCAGGAUCUGAAAUCGAGUUCUCAGGUAGUCCCACUGAAAAGGCAAUUCUUUCGUGGGCUGUUCUGGAGCUAAACAUGGAAAUGAAGCAAUUGAAGCAAAGUCGAACGAUUAUUUUCAUCGAAGCAUUCAAUUCCAAGAAGAAAAGAAGCGGGGUCCUGAUGAGGAGAAUGGUAGACAACACAACACAUGUACACUGGAAAGGAGCUGCAGAGAUGAUACUGAAGAUGUGUUCGAGCUACUAUGAUGCUUCUGGAAUUAUUAAAUAUCUAGAUGACGUUGAGAAGAUGAAAUUUGAGCAAAUUAUUGAAGGUAUGGCAGCGAGCAGCCUCCGAUGCAUUGCUUUUGCGCAUAAAGAAGUUUCAGAAGAAUAUAAUGGAGAUGAUAAAGAAUGUAAAAAGCUAGAAGAUGACGGUUUGAUCCUUUUAGGAUUGGUGGGAAUUAAGGACCCAUGUCGUUCAGGGGUGAAGAAAGCCGUGGAAGAUUGUCAAUAUGCUGGUGUCAACAUCAAAAUGAUCACAGGAGACAAUAUUUUCACGGCUAAAGCUAUAGCCACUGAAUGUGGGAUACUAGCGCCUAGUCAGGACAGUCUCAGCGGAGCAGUAGUAGAAGGCGAGGAAUUUAGAAACUACACACCAGAGGAGAGAUUGGAAAAGGUUGAUAAAAUUUGUGUGAUGGCAAGAUCCUCUCCCUUUGACAAACUUCUGAUGGUAGAAUGCUUGAAACAGAAAGGGCAUGUGGUUGCAGUUACAGGGGAUGGUACAAAUGAUGCACCGGCGUUAAAAGAAGCUGAUAUAGGACUUUCAAUGGGGAUUCAAGGAACCGAGGUGGCCAAGGAAAGCUCAGACAUCGUAAUUUUGGAUGACAAUUUUGCUUCCGUGGCCACAGUUGUCAUGUGGGGAAGGUGUGUCUAUAACAACAUUCAGAAGUUCAUCCAAUUCCAACUCACCGUAAAUGUUGCUGCUCUGGCGAUCAACUUUGUGGCAGCAGUUUCAGCUGGUGAGGUCCCGUUAACAGCAGUGCAAUUAUUGUGGGUGAACUUGAUUAUGGACACUUUGGGAGCUCUAGCUCUUGCAACUGAGAAGCCAACCAAGGAGCUGAUGGAAAAACCGGCUGUCGGUUGGACUGAGCCACUUAUUACCAACAUCAUGUGGAGGAACCUCCUAGCCCAAGCUUUAUAUCAGAUAGCCAUCCUUUUGACCUUGCAAUUUAAAGGUAAGCCCAUCUUUGAUGUGACCGAGAAGGUAAAAGACACCCUGAUCUUUAACACUUUUGUUCUUUGCCAAGUCUUCAAUGAAUUCAACGCAAGAAAGCUAGAGAAGAAGAAUGUCUUCAAGGGAAUACAUAGGAACAGGUUGUUUUUGGGGAUCAUUGCAAUAACCAUAGUUCUCCAGGUAGUCAUGGUAGAGUUUUUGAAGAAGUUUGCUGAUACAGAAAGGUUGAAUUGGGUGCAAUGGUGUUCAUGCAUUGGACUUGCAGCAGUAACUUGGCCAAUCGGUUGGAUUGUCAAGUGGAUACCUGUUCCACAGAGACCAAUUUUUAGCUACCUAAAGAUGAAAAAGAUAUGAAAUACUGCCACUCAAAUGCGCGCAUCUGGUCUCAUUUUAUACUAGUUUAGUUCUCCCAUUCUAUACCAAAUAUAAUAUGUGAGCACUAAUGUCGCGACGGAUUCCAAGUUGCUGAUAAAGUUUGGGCAUGAGGAGUUUAGGAGUCAGUAAUCGUUAAUAAGUUAUUUUUUAUAUUUAAGAAUAAAGGGAUAAAAUCCCUAUGUCAUUGUUGGUUUUGAAUAAAGUCCUUAUUAUAGUAUUGCAGUCAAACUUGUCCGUCGAUAAAGUAGAUAUAGUUGGAGUCUAUUUAAAGAGUCAAGUGCUACCAUAUGAGUCACCUUUUGAUGAAUUAAUAACGUUUAUUUUCAUUCCUGA